GCACUCCCUACCCACUGGUUGAGGACUAAACCGGCAGACCCACGUUUGCCUCGCUCUUUCACUUAUUGUCUCGUCCUCCAUCGGAGAAAGCCUCGGCAUUGCCCACAGCUGAUCCGGACUUGAUCCUCGUCGAGAAUUCGACGCAACCGAGAGCGGGAUGCAAGCUCUUCCACAAUAUGACUACAUCUUUGCCAUUGGCAUGAUAUUUGCAUUCUUGGAUGCGUGGAAUAUCGGUGCCAAUGAUGUCGCCAACUCUUUCGCUACCUCGGUCUCGUCUCGGUCUCUCACUAUGAUGCAAGCCAUGUGUAUCGCCACGGUCAUGGAAUUCACUGGUGCAGUUGUUGUUGGUGCUCGUGUUGCGGAUACUAUCAGAAGUAAAAUUGUCAAGGUGGACAAAUUCAUCGACCAUCCUGGUAUUCUCAUGUUGGGCAUGGUGUGCGCUUUGAUCGGUUCCUCCACAUGGCUCACGGCAGCUACGGCAAUGGGUUUGCCUGUGUCGACAACGCAUUGUAUCGUUGGUGGUGUCAUUGGUAUGGGCAUUGCAUCUCUUGGAGUUCAUGGCGUUGUUUGGGAAUGGGAAGGCAAGGGUGUCUCUCAAAUCUUUGCAUCUUGGAUUAUUGCGCCCGGUAUAUCUGGUGCCUUUGCCGCAAUCAUUUUCUUGAUCACCAAGUAUGGUGUGCUCAAGCGCAGUGAGCCUCUCAAGUGGGGUUUCAUAAUGGUGCCGGUCUACUUUGCCAUCACCUCUGGUAUCUUGACCAUGCUUAUCGUUUGGAAAGGUGCUGCCUCGCUCGACCUUGACGACUGGAGUGGCGGACAAAUCGCAGGAUGCAUUUUCGGCGUUGCCGGCGGUGUCGCUCUUCUCAUUAUCACAUUCUUCCUCCCCUUCCUCCACAGGAAGCUCAUCCAGGAAGACUGGACUUUGAGGUGGUACGACAUUUUCUACGGCCCUCUUCUUCUUCACCGUGGACCCGUCCCAGAGGCGCCAGAGGGAGCCCAAACCCAGAUUGUACAGGAUUACUACCGUGGAAAGGCCACCAGAGCUGACCUCGAGGCCGCAAACAUCAAGCCGUCCACAGUCACCGAGAUGGAGGCUGCCCGCGCAGACACGCACUCGGACGACCUUGCCGUUCAAAAGGAGACUGGCGCUAACUCAAAGACCCUUGACGAGGUUGAGCGUGCAGAUGCGGGCCCCUGGUACGCUCCCAAGAACCUUUGGAAGAUCAUGGUUGAUGCCGCCCUCCACGGUGUCCGUGUCGACGUCAUCUCCGAGCAGGGCCGCAAUUCGAAACUUACCGGGAACAUCAACGACAUGCAUGCCCGUGCCACGCGAUUCGACAAUAAGACUGAGCACCUCUACUCCUUCCUCCAGAUUCUCACUGCUGCCACCGCAUCCUUCGCUCACGGUGCUAACGACGUUGCCAAUGCUACCGGUCCCCUCGCUACAAUCUACCUCGUCUGGAACACAGGUGUCGCCAACAAGAAGGCUCACGUCCCGAUUUGGGUUCUUGCCUAUGGUGGUGCUGCUAUCGUCAUUGGUUUGUGGACUUACGGAUACAACAUCAUGCGCAAUCUCGGUAAUCGCUUGACUCUGCAAUCCCCUUCGCGUGGUUUCUCUAUGGAGUUGGGUUCCGCCGUUACCGUUGUCCUUGCUACUCGUCUUGCCCUGCCGAUUUCCACAACUCAGUGUAUCGUCGGCGCAACUAUGGGUGUCGCGCUCUGCAAUGGUGACUUUAAGGCGCUUAACUGGAGGAUGGUUGCCUGGUGUUAUGCCGGUUGGGUCCUUACCCUCCCUAUCGCCGGAAUCAUCUCCGGUUGUCUCAUGGGAAUAAUCAUCAAUGCUCCUCAAUGGUGACAUUCCUCCUAAUAUUUUCUCUCUUUGAAUAUCUAAUUUCUUGCUGUAUUUUUUUACUGCCUGACGUUUGCGAGGACAUUUCGUUCCGCUCCAUUCUGAGUUUCUCUUAUAAAACAGUGGCUUUCGCUAGUUUUACCCUUGCCAUUUUUGAUAUAUAUAAAAAAACUGGGUUUUUGUUUGAGCUUUUCUUUCCUUUUUGUGGUUUUCGGGAAUGGUGGUGGGGCUUUUUUAAGGCUAGCUAUGAUACGAUGUGAUUCCCACCCCCCCCACUCUACCUACGCUUCCAGCUUUCUGCAUUGUCGCGACUGUCCGCCUUAGCGGGAAUGGGUGCCGCGGCGUGGGGGGAGGGAGAUGCGCACCUUGAGUUUGAGUAUGGUAUCUGUAUAGAGAAUAUAUUUAUGCUUGAUGGAUGGACGGAUGGGUGAAUUUCUUGUUUUGAAGCGGUUUCGGCGUAAAUUCCGAUUUUGUAGGGUAUCAUACAUUUUAAGCUUAUCACGGGGUUAUUUGGUCCCGCGGUGGGUGGUGAUAUCA